AUGACUAGCCCGUCUACUACCGUCUCCGCCAGCGAUCCUGGCGCUGGUGUAACUGCCCACCUCUACGACGAUGGGUCUCACAGAUCGGCGGUUUUUCCGUUCCUAUCAGCCAAUGCUGGGCCCCCUCCAUACGACGAGACCUCUUCCGCCACUGGCUUACGCAACGUUUACGGGGAGUUUGAUCGCGACUUAGUUGCCAUGUAUCCACUCGCCAAAGCUACGUCCGGCGCACGAUUGGAUGCCUACCUUUGGGAUGCUGCCUUCGGCAGCGCACCCGGAGUUCAGCCGCGGGUUCAAGCGGUGAACGGUAUCAAUCUGUACUCAAAGAAAGAUACUAUCACCGGCUCCUACUCUAUCGAUCCCGCCAUAUCAAAUACGCAUUCCCUGAACGAUCCCGACGCGAAAGCCGCUGAACGUGAAUACGCGCAUGAAGCGGGGCGGGCCGAAAACGGCUGGAGCUGGGACUGGGGCCUAAAGCAGGUCGGGUUCAAAAGCUACAACGCUUGCCUGCAAAGCGUUAAGACACCUGCCUUCGUCUCGGUGUCGAGCCGUCACGCGGACAUUGUGGUGAACGUGAUAGAGGUCCAGCCUGGCAGAAGCUUACAACUCGACGUUGGCACUCGAACCGGCAACAUUCUGGUUCUGCUCCCUGCCUCGUUCACAGGAUGCAUAGUCUUCCACAGCGGCGACCUCGACAACUACCACACCAUGUUACUACCCAACCUCGCUCCGCUUUCGACUGUGGUGCAGAAGACGGACCGUGAAACUACCGUUUCCGUCAACGGGCCGUCACAGGUACAAGAUGGAAGCAGGCUACAAGCCAAGGAUCAGGACUGUUGCGUUAUUAGCACGCGUACAGGACGUGUCGCGGUAGGGCUUAGCGGCGUCGACCAAACCGAUCCCAAUAUCCUCUGGCAAGAAAGCCCGCUACGACGUCUCGGGAAGACGAUCGAGGUUGGGCUAUUGGGGGGAGCGUAUCUAUCUUCUUGA